AUGACUAAGAGCCAGACCACCACGUCUACGGACAUCAGAAAGACUAUUGAAGCAACAAUCAACAGCUUCCUGUCCUCCUAUGAGGAUGGAAGAGAGCAGGGAAACAUCUCGCUAAUCAAUCGCGACGUCACUGCAGAUUGUACACGUCAAUUGCUUCCCAUCUCGCUCUGCAAAACUCUUGGCGCUCCAGAGACCUUCCUCAUGCCCAACGAUAUGUACGAGCAGCUCUUCGCUGAUGAUCUCACCAUUGGCGGUGUCUACAACACUGUCAAUAAGCACAUGGCGAUCGACACCGAAGCUCGAAUGGCGGCAGUCAAUAGCACAUCUGACUUCAAAUUCAAGGACGGGGAGGCACUGACGAUGGAGUUCUCGUGGACUUUCUAUCUGAACGAGGACGGCACCAAGAUCAGCAAGGUCAUAGAGUUUGCGGAUGCCUCCGCAGUCCAGCACUUGGCGGCCAAAGCGCAGGAGCUCAAGGCGAGACAGGGGAGUAGUGAUGGUGCCAAGAUGAACCAAGAGGUGGAUUUCACAGAGACUGGGUGA